AAGCAAAACAUCCCGCUGUCAACUAGUUUUUUUUGUGAACCGAAGCGGAAAACAGCGAAAACGGAGGAUUUCUCGAAAUGCCGGAAAAACCAACGAAACAGGAUUCCAAAAAGGACGAUGCCGCCGAGCUGGAGACGCAGUUCAUCAUGAGGAUGCCACGGGAACCUGCGGGCCUGCUUCGCGAAGCGAUCCAGAGCGGUGCUAACAAUCUGAAGGACCGAUUAACGAUCCGGCUAGAUAAUGAUCUACGGUACGGGGAAGUGCGGUUCGACCACUGGCUACUGCAUGCCAAGGUGGUCGAUCUGCCAACCAUCAUCGAAUCCUUGAAAACGAUCGACUCGAAAAAUUUCUACAAAACGGCCGAUAUUUGUCAGAUGAUGAUUUGCAAAGAGGAACCGGAUCAGCACUCGGCGGAAGAGGAAUCGCCGAACAAGAACAAAAAGAAGGACCCUAAUAAGGUGGACAAGAAGUAUCUGUGGCCGCACGGUGUGACACCGCCGUGCAAGAACGUACGGAAGCGACGAUUCCGAAAGACGUUGAAGAAAAAGUACGUGGAAGCACCGGAAAUCGAGAAGGAAGUGAAACGGUUGCUGCGCGUCGACAAUGAAGCCGUGAACGUGAAGUGGGAGCUGAUCACGGAGGAAGAGGAUCCGAACAAACCGUCGCUCGAGUCGGGCGCGGAUUCGGGAGCUCCGCACAAGAGUCCCUCCAAGAACACGAAGAAGAGCAGCCUGAACAAGGAUGUCGGUGAGCACGAUAUUUUCGGUGGUGAGGUGUCCGAUUCAGAUGAGGACGAUAAUGUUAUCAACAAGAACAUCGACAUCGAUGAAAGCAGCAGACUAUCGGCUGAGGCUGACGAUAGCCGACUGUCGGAUUCGAGCUCGUAUCAGGGUGCCCAGGGCGAUAGGAACAACGCUUCUGCGCCUGCAACCGAGUUCAAUAAAAGCAUGUUUAGUGGGGGUGCUUCCGGAAGCGGGGGACCGUCUUAUCGGGCGGCACGUCGUCCCGAGCCAGCCGGCAGCUCAAAAUCGGGCUCAUUUUUCCCUGGGGAAAGCUCACGUCCCGAUUCGGAUAACGAUUCGAAUGAUAUGACAAGCAGCGGGUUCGGUAACGGCCAAAAUAGCAACGCCAACAGUGCUUCCACUGCGACGGUCAUUAACAACAGUGCACGCAUUUACGAGCUGCAGCGUCAGCUGAACGAUCUGAACACGCAGCGCAUCCAGAAGGAGCAGGAAAUUCGAACGAUCGAAAAUCAAACGCUUCGCCAUCGUCUACAGGACAAGCUGGACAGUGUACUGCUGGAGAUCGAAGCGAAGGAAAAUGAGAUGCACGAACUUCAAGCUGCCGAGAAAUAUUCCCUAGAAUAGGCUCAUUAUAACAUACAUUUGGUCAUAGGAUUAAGAACUUGUCAAAAAAAAUAUGUCUACUCUACUUUGCACGAUCCAUAGUAACCAUCUAGCAUACAUGGUGUGAAAUUACCAGUCACAAACAUGUUAUCAGGGAUUUUUUUUUGUUUACGGGAGUAAAAUACAUAAGGAUGUCUAUUUCAGUUUAAACAUUCAGAGUAUAAAGAGCAUUGAAAUAUUAAUUUUUCCCAACCAACGUAUCCUAAUCACGUAUUGCGCCACUAUGAUGCUGUCUCAGGUGAGUCCGCUUUCAAUCAGUAUAUCUUCAUACUUACCAUAUUGAGACAAUUUAAUUAGUUUUCUCAUUGAAGAACAUUGCAAAAUUAGGCCACCAAGAAACUUGACUUUGUUGUCUAUAAAAGUUUUCUGUUGUUGAAUAUAUUUUCCACCAUCGAAAACUGUUUCCAAAGCUCUCUAUCCACGGGCUACGUCGAACAGGAUCGUGAACGGUGUAAGUCGUGCGAGCCGGAAUCAGUGAUCGGUGACUACAUUGAUCCGUCUACGGAACUACGCGUGAUACAGUGUUGUUCCAUGUGAUCUUUUACUAGUGUUCGCA